CCAACAGCGGAAGGCAUUCUUCCCCUCUCCCCUGAAUCAUCAAAAAGAAAAGAAACGAGACCUUCCUCUCGAGACGAACCCUAGAUCCGUUCUGACCUUCCGUCUGCUUCCUGUUCCGUACGACAUGGCAGCUCGUCGGCGUCUUCAUCCGCCACCCGGUGCGGAGCUCUCCCGCUCUCACCCUCGCUGGGUGAUGCUAGAUCGCUUCGUCCACUACAAGGCGUACGCGGGUGAGGCUGUUGCGGAGGAGGUAAUGGACGGCACGCAAUCGGCGAUAUCCUCUACCUGCACCAACAUAAGCAUCGCCGUCUCUCUCAGGGUUGCUGAACCGCCCGCUGUGUCCCGUCUCUACCUCCACUGGCCCGAGCGAUUCAUGACGGCGUCGUUGAGCCAGCCUCUGACUCAGAGAAGUCUCCUUGUCUCAUGCGACUCCCGCCUUGCUUCGAUGGUGGGGACAAGAACCCGGACGUGGAUUUGUAGUUCCACCCGUACCGUCUCCAGCAGCUGCGAUCUAUGUGGUGUGAUGACAUUGGCCUCCUUUGCCGUGGCAAGGGGGAGUUCGUGGUGGCGCAGCUCACAUUUGGCGGCCAGCUCUGCGUGCUACACCAUAAACCUGGGGAGGAGCAGGGCGACAUGAAUUGGAGCGUCGAAAAUAUGCCCUUACCUGACGGCGAUGACAUCCCAAACCUGCUGUGUGGUUCGUGGCAAACGGACGCCGUCGUCCCCUAUGGUGAUUGUUACCUGUGCUGGGCGGAUUGCUACCUGGGCUUGCUUUUUGUCGGUGUCAUUGACAAGCGGACGAAGCCCCCGUGCUACGUCCCCUUACCUGAUGGUCUGGAUUCCAAUCGUCUGUGCAUUGACCCAGGGUAUCCUGACCCGGCCCGUCGUGUCUGUGUCUCUGAGUCCAGCAUGAUUAACCUCAUAUGUGUUGGUGAUCAUGCUGGCUGCAGUGUGUGUGCCAGUUCUUAUUCUGCUUUCACUAUCACAGUAUGGACUUUGACCAACUUAAGGGAAAAGAAAUGGAUGAAAUGUUUCACCAUGGAAGACAGCAAGUUCUGGGCUGCUCUUGAUUUUGACAAGCGUCUUCCGCAUGUGCUACCAGAGUUCCCUACCAUCAGCUUGGUUAAGCCUGAUGUUGUUUACUUCCGGUUGAAUGGUGGUAAUAAACUUUUCUGGCUGAUUGAGAUUGACAUGAAGAAGGAAGUGCUGGGGUCAACCAGUCUCUACAUCUUUGAAGAAGAAGAAGAAGAGAAAUGCUCCAUUGACAUGGCCCACUGGAGAUCAUUUCCUGGUUACUCCUUUGUUCCCAGCCCGUUCACCCGAUACUUGGACCAGCAUGCCAUCAGAAGUCUGGAACUCAGCGAGAAGUUACAGAAUAUAAGACUUGAGCAAGCUAAAGAAAAGAUAUUUGUUGAAGAGUGAAGAGCUUAUGCUAGGAAUUGUUCGGCAGAUAGAAGAAACCAGGAAUACUUUUUAGUAUUGGUCUGUCUUGUCUUAAUUUUUUAUUCUGGGUGCAUUGGAAAAGCUUA